UUUUGAGUGUAGCGUGAAAUCUCCUCUCCCUCCCUUUCUAUUUUUGCUCUGGUUGGUUGGCUAGCUUCAAAACAAAACAACCUCACGACGGUUGGGCCAUGAGAGAAACACACUCUCUGUCUCUCCCAACGCAGCUUACAGUUAACAUUUAUAUAGCCUUAGAAUGAUCUUCUGUUUCGGGUAACAAAACGACAAAAAAUUCCACCUCACUUUGCGGUAAUGAAGAUGGUGCAACAAGCUGGUGUGGUCGGAGAAGCGGCUGGCUUGGCGAGUUCGACUGGUGGCGGGACGGUGGUGGUGGGUGUGAAGUUGGACGCGCAUAGCAGAGAGUUGUUGACGUGGGCUCUGGUCAAAGUUGCGCUGCCAGGUGAUACAGUGAUAGCUCUUCAUGUUCUUGGUAACAAUGAAAUUGUAGAUCGUGAUGGGAAGUCUUCGCUUUUGUCACUCGUUAAAACUUUUGACUCUGUUCUUGCCGUAUAUGAAGGUUUCUGCAACUUGAAACAGGUGGAUCUGAAGCUUAAAAUAUGCAGAGGAACAUCAAUUCGGAAAAUUUUAGUUAAAGAAACAAAUUCUUGUUCUGCAUCGAAGGUUAUAGUAGGAACUGCGAGGAAUUACCAUACAAUCCGAUCAUCAACAUCUGUGGCUAAAUAUUGUGCUAAGAAACUGUCAAAGGAAAUUACAGUUCUUGCGGUUAACAAUGGGAAAGUUGUUUACCAAAGAGAAGGCCUUCCAUCAGCGGCUGCUGAAACACAAGGAACUGAAGAUAAUCGCCGCAAUUGCAUGCUUGAUGUAAUACACCGGUCAAUUUCAUUGACUAAGCAUGCUGGACGACUGAAAAAUUCUCAAGUUGUAACUGAUGAUGCCCCUAAUUCAGCACAUAAAUCUGUUAAUGAUACUGGUUCUAUGAUGAAUUUGGAAAGGGCGUUAGUGAAAGCUGGUUCAGAUUGUUUAGAGAGUGCUGGGAAACAAAAGUGCCCUAUUUGUGGACCGGCUAAAGUAUUGCCAGAGGAUUCUUAUAAACCAUGUGAAGAAGAUUUGUGUGGCAAUGGCGGUGAUUGUGAAGGUGAAUCUUUGGCUAUAGUGCCUGUUCAGAAGGCAGAGUCACCUUCAGCUUCUAUAACUUUAUUGAUCAGGCAAUUGCCUGAAGCAAGGCCUGGAUGGCCAUUGCUUCGUCAAACAGUGUUAACAGAGAAACAAGCUCCAGGUAGGUCUUCGUUGGAAAAGAUCUCUGUUGUUCAAUGGGCGUUGCGGUUGCCCUCGAGGCAACCUGCACUUGUUACAGAUUCAGAUCAUAAACAAACUAACAAAAAUUCAACAAAACUGCCGAAUGAAUUGGAGGGUCUACAUGAGAAAUACUCUGCUACUUGCAGACCUUUUAAGUAUCAGGAACUCCUCUCUGCAACAUCUAAUUUCUUGGCUGAGAAUUUGAUCGGAAAAGGAGGGAGCAGUCAGGUUUAUAAAGGUUGCCUUCCUGAUGGCAAGGAACUUGCUGUGAAAAUCCUGAAGUCAUCCGAAGAUGUGCUGAAAGAGUUCAUUUUGGAAAUCGAUAUUAUCACUACAUUACAUCAUAAGAAUAUCAUUUCCCUCUCCGGAUUCUGUUUCGAAGAGAAUAAUCUUCUCUUGGUUUAUGAUUUUCUAUCUAGAGGAAGCCUGGAAGAAAACCUUCAUGGUAACAAGAUAGAUCCACAUUUAUUUGGAUGGAGUGAGAGGUAUAAGGUGGCUGUGGGGGUGGCUGAGGCCUUGGAUUAUCUCCACAGUGGUAGUGCUCAACAUGUCAUUCACAGGGAUGUUAAAUCAUCAAACAUACUACUGUCAAAUGAUUUUGAGCCACAGCUAUCUGAUUUUGGACUUGCCAAAUGGGCAUCGACCUCUGCAUCACAUAUAACCUGCAAAGAUGUUUCGGGAACCUUUGGUUACCUGGCCCCUGAAUACUUCAUGUAUGGCAAAGUAAAUGACAGUGUUGAUGUCUAUGCAUUCGGAGUUGUACUCCUCGAGCUUCUCUCAGGUAGAAAGCCGAUAAGCAAUGACUAUCCCAAAGGCCAAAAGAGUUUAGUCAUCUGGGCAAAGCCAAUUCUAUACAGUGGGAAGAUUACACAACUGUUAGAUCCAACCUUGGGCAGUAAUUAUGAUCAUGACCAGAUGGAGAGGAUGGCUUUAGCAGCAGUUCUAUGUAUCAGGCGUGCUGCGCGAGCGAGGCCCAAAAUGAGUCUUGUUCUGAAGCUCCUCCAAGGUGAUACUGAUGUAACAAAGUGGGCAAGACUUCAAAUCAAUGCUUCGGAAGAAUUUGAAAUGCUUGACGAUGAAGCCUGCCCGCGUUUAAACCUUCAAUCCCAUCUUAACCUUGCGCUGCUUGAUGUGGAGGAUGAUUCAUUCUCCAUGAGCAGCAUUGAGCAAAGUGUAUCAGUAGAGGACUACUUGCAAGGCAGGUGGAGCCGCUCAUCAAGCUUUGACUAACCACAUUACUGGCAAUAACAAUUGCAAAGAAUAAACUGUUCACAUAUGCGAUGCUUUUGUACAUUCUUUUUGUUCCAUCCCAACUCUGAGUUAGGGCUUUGCUUCUUCUCUGGAUUGCUUACCAAUUAGGCGAUGGAUGCGAGGUUGUUUUGCUGGUGUGCCCUCCUCCUUCCCCAUAAUUGUUGAUCUCAAUUGAUCAAGAGUGUGUUAUAAGUUGUAACAAUGGAAUAUCAUUCAUAUGGAUUUUAUGUUUAUCCAUAUCAUAUAUAGUUUUUAAAUAACACACAAGUAUAUGAUAACACAUCAUAUACAUAUUCAAAUGUGCA